AUGGGCAACUCGGCACCUGGGGUGGGGGUCUCCACUCGCGUGUUUGCCUGCAGCGACCUUCAUGUGGACCACAAGAGCAAUUGGGCGCACCUGCAGGAGGUGGUGAAGGAGGGCGGCUAUACGGGCCGUGACGUGCUCAUCGUGGCGGGCGACGUCUCAACGGAGCUCAGCCUCCUGCGCCGCACUCUCGGCUUCCUGGCCGAGGUCUUCCACGGUGGCCAUGACGAAGGUGCAAAUGAAGAUGAAGAGGAAGAAGAAGAGGAAAGAUCGACAAAAAAGAGGAUGAGCAACGUCUUCUUCUGCCCUGGCAACAACGAACUGCGAUUGGCGCGGUCGGACAAGAAGCAGAACGGGACCUGCGAUUCGCUGGCCAAGCUGGCCGACGUGCUACGCGUGUGCGAGGAGGUGGGCGUCCACACGCAACCGGCCAAGGUCAACGGCCAGGUGUGGGUCGUGCCCCUGCUGGCCUGGUACACACCCAGCUUCGAUCCGGAGUGGGACAGAGAGUCGCACGACUACCGGCGCGGCUGGCUCGACUUCCGAGCGUGCGCGUGGCCAGCGGAACUCGACGGCGCGGUAGGCGGUGUGGCCGCCCACUUCCUCGCACGCAAUGAGGAGUGGAUGGACUCGUCGCUCCUGCCCUUCGAUGCGCCCGUCGUCUCCUUCUCCCACUUCCUGCCCCGCUUCGAGCUGCUUCCCAAGCGGAUCUUCCUGCUCAACAAGACGCUGCCGUUGGUGGUGGGCGACGAGCGACUGGAUGAACAGAUCAGGCGGAUCGGGUCGCAAGUGCACGUGUUUGGGCACACUCACAUCGACAAAGACAAGGUCAUCGACAGCGUUCGCUAUGUACAGAAUGCUUUUGGUCACCCUGCGGAGAGGAACAAGGUGUGGCAUGCGCUGAAGGCGACCUAUAGGCCCAAGCUGGUGCUGGAGGUCUUUCCUGAUGGGCGCAGCAGAUCGGAGGACCAGCGCGGAUCCGAUCGAGAGGAGGAAGGAGAAGACGAAGACGAAGCGUCGGAGGAACCGCAUGAAGACGAGAGCAACAAGCGGAAGCGGAAGAAGAAACAGAAGUAG